AUGGAUGGAACGGGCAGGGCAGAUCCGCCGCCGUACGAUCAGAUCAAUCGCCCCGUACCGGCUGCCUAUCCCCACCAGCAAACGGCCGAUCCGUUCAAGUCCGCUAACUUGCACACCCAGGAACCGCCAUCGUUGCAGACCACAGUGAUCGUCACGAGCCCUCAGGUUGGUCCGGAUCCCACCACCAUCAUCUGUCAGUCCUGUCGAGCGACGGUGGUAACGAGGCUGGAGUAUGAAACCACCACCAAGACGCAUCUGUGUGCCGGUUUGCUGUGCCUUUUCCUUUGCUGGCCAUGUGCGUUCGUGCCCUACUGCUCGACGGCCUGCCGAGAUGCGAACCAUUACUGCCCGAACUGUGGAUCCUUUAUCGGCACGUACCGAAAGUAG